CAGGCGCAUACACAUUCUAAAACAACAUUGUAUUGAGCUACGCCGUUCACGAAUCUGUAGUGGAAAAGCAAACGAUCAAUUAAUUCUGAAGGUUUGAUGGCGAAAGCUAACGACGUCUCAGCAAUGGAAAUCGAUUAUCAGAAUUCAACGGCACCUGAUCAGAUCUCUAACCCUAAGUUCUCAAUCAAUGUGUUGCAGCUCUUGAAAUCUUCUCAGAUGCAGCAUGGAUUACGGCAUGGGGAUUACACUCGCUACCGGAGGUACUGUACUGCUCGAUUGCGGAGAUUGUACAAGUCAUUGAAGUUUACUCAUGGCCGUGGCAAGUACACCAAAAAAGCCAUAACCACAUCUACAGUCACUGAAGUGAGGUUUCUCCAUUUGGUACUUUAUACAGCCGAAAGAGCUUGGAGCCAUGCCAUGGAAAAGAAAACGCUGUCACUUCGAGAUGGUCCAAAUGCACGCCCACGCAACUACCUCAUUGGUAGGCUGAGAAAGGCAGUAAAAUGGGCAACUCUUUUUCAAGAUUUGUGUUCCAUCAAGGGAGAUUCCAGAUCAUCUUUGGAAGCUGAGGCCUAUGCCUCUUACAUGAAAGGGAAUUUACUGUUUGAAAAAGAAGAGAACUGGAAUGUUGCAUUAAAGAGUUUCAAGAGUGCCAGGGCUGUUUAUGAGGAGCUUGGGAAAUAUGGAGACUUGGAGAAUCAACAAUUGUGUCGUGAACGUGUUCAGGAACUGGACCCGAAUAUACGGUAUUGUCUACACAAAAUUGGAGAGUCAAAUCUACAAACAUCUGAACUUGUGCACAUAGAUGAAAUGGAAGGACCUGCGCUGGACCUUUUUAAGGCUAAAUUGGAGGCUGUUAUGGCAGAGGCUAGAUCUCAACAGGCUGCAUCUAUGACCGAAUUUAAUUGGCUAGGUCAUAAAUUUCCAAUUUCAAAUGCCAAGACACGGGUUUCCAUAUUGAAAGCUCAGGAAUUGGAGAAAGAUCUUCAUGGUCCAACAGCAAACUCUCUUACAGCUGAGAAAAGGCUUAUUGUGUUCGACAAAAUUUUUGCCGCAUACCAUGAGGCCAGAAGUUGCAUCCGUAGUGACUUGGUUACAGCAGGUAGUUCUGAAAACCUGAAGGAUGAUCUGAGUGCCCUAGAUAAAGCUAUUGGCGCUGUAUUAGGACAACGAACUAUUGAGCGGAACCAGUUGUUAGUUAGCUUAGCCAAAAGUAAACUUAAUAAGGUCCGUGAUGACAAAACUGAGAAAGUCACCAAGCCUGAAGAGCUUGUACGAUUAUAUGAUCUUUUGUUACAGAAUACAGCUGAUCUUUCUGAUUUAGUUAGCUCUGGAAGAGAUAGAAAACCAGAAGAAGUGGCAUUUACUGAAGAAUGCGAACUCAAAAGUUUGGUAUUUCGAGCAGAAAGGUGUUUUUACUUGGCUAAAUCCUACAGUUCUGCUGGAAAGAGGACAGAAGCAUAUGCUUUGUACUGCCGAGCUCGCUCUCUAGCUGAUACUGCCCUGAAAAAAAUUCAGAAUUUGACUACCCCAGAUCAGGUAACAAUCAAGGAAUUGGAGAUGUUAUACAAUGACAGUAGAUCCCAUAGUUGUAUAGAGCAUGCAACUGGUGUUAUGGAGGAGCAGAAAGCUCCCGAGAAUCUCUCAAAAAAGAUCUCUACUUUAUCACUAACGAAAAAUGACAAUAAGCUGGAGAAAUUUCUUAUCGAGAAAUUGGAUAGUUACGAAUCUGCAGUUGGUGAUUCCAACACGAGAGGAAUUCCUCGUAUUGAUGCCUUCCCACCUGCCUUCCAAGCAACUCCUCGCAAUCCAAUUGUUCUAGAUCUUGCAUUUAAUUCAAUUGAGUUCCCAUCACUUGAGAACAGGAUGAAGAAAGACAAAAAGGGCUUCAUUAGUCGGCUUUGGCGAUAAGCUGUUUGGGUGGCCUUGAAUCCAUGGGAUUUUUUUGUUACUCAAAAUUUAAUAUCCAUACAAGGAGGAAGACACGAUGAAAUGAGUACUUUUCCAAAUCUGAAUAUUUUCGGUUCGCUGGAUUCUGUAGAACAAAAAUAACUUGAAAUGGGACUGUCAACAAAUUUCCUCACCCAUUUGUGCUCUGACUGCAGUGGAAAUGAUGGGAUUGAACAGAUUUUGGAGUUCAAUUUGCCUUGGAUCUGAAUUUCUUCUUUGUUUCAUUGAUUUGAGAGAUGGACUUUGCUAUUGGCUUUCUGAGAAGGUAAUUUGUUUUAUAGGGAAGUAUUGUGUGUGAACAACAUAUCGAAUGCACAAAUAGG